AUGGAGAUUGAUGAGACUGCCGUCAGUGGUGAUAUACAGUCGACUACGGGCCGCCCCACACCGGCUGACUUCGAUAAAUAUUUGCCUUGGGCAUGUGCCCAAUUGUCAGCAGAAGCUGAUGUUGUGGUGAUACGGAGCCUUCUCAGUAUGUACCAGACAGGCAGAGAGAAUACAAAAACCAAAAGCAAAUUUAUACCCAAAAUUCAGACUGAAGUCGAUUCCAAUGAAACUCUACCUCACAAUUUAACAUCUGACCUCAAUGAAAUCGAUGGGCCCAGCGAUGAAAAAACCGUUUACAUUGAAACUGUGUAUGAUGAAUACAACAAAUUAGUUCGAUUAAACUUCAAUAAAAAUAACACUAUUAAAAUACCGAGACUGACAUUUAAAAUAAUUGGUCUUAUACUGCAUUUCCAUACAUCACUGUCUUCCAUUGUCAUUAGCAGUGGUGCACAUGCAGCAGCGAUUUACGAAAUAUCAAAAUUUUUACCCAAAUCUAAUAUAACUGAAAUAUGCCUCGACUGCACAUACGUCCCUGAAGGGAACUACCAUAUACUAUUAAAAUAUGUCAAUUUAAAACAUUUAUCUUUGUCGAAAUGUAACGUUAACGAUGCUACUCUUCAACUAAUUGCCUCUGAGUUAUUACGAAUGAACCCAACUCCUAAACUAUGUGCACUUAAUCUAGCAACGAACCAAAUCACAGAUGUCGGAGCAAAAUGUUUAGCAGAAGUAUUGCGACGCAAUAGAAACAUCGGCUACUUGAAUUUAUCUGAUAACAUGAUAAGUGAUGAUGGAGCAAUAAGUAUUUUCAAUAUACUUAUGGAAUUCCCAUUGACUCCUGAAGAAGCGGCUGAGAGAAGGAGUAGACUAAUGGUUCGUUUAAUAGAAAGAAACAACCUAUUACAAAAAACGAUAAAGAACAUGCAAGAGGUUGGUGAUUUGGCUGAAAAAAAGAUGGCUAGACGAAAAACAAUUAAACCGCCACUUACAAAUGCAUUGAAGAAGAAGAUAGACUCUGAGAAUACAAUGACUAAGAGUAUGGAAAUGAUAUUGUAUGAAAGAGCUGAGAUUAUCGUAGAUAAUUUAAUGGGUCCAGCGUACAACAAUCUAUCUCAUUUAAGCAUUAAGAAACUUUGUGAUGUGUUGAACCAGCAGAAGCUUCUCGCCAGAAGACCAAGAGGUUUAGUCAACGUUGUCAUCGAAGAUCCACAUGUCGCCGAAUGGACGGAUCCACCCAAACCGAUGCCUGAUGACUUCGAAAAUUUUGUACCCUGGGCCUGUAGCCAAAUGCUUGUUGAAGCCAAAGUGGUGGUCACCAGAUUUACACAAAGUGAAUAUAUAAGUGUAAAAUCCACCCCAACUGGAAAAACAAAGAAAUCAAAAGGACCAGCACACUUAAACAGCAGUACAGACACAGUUAAUGAACAAAAAUUUUCUACCAUGCCAACAACGGACUCAGACUCUAAAAUAGGCAUUGACGCCAUCUACGAUACCAGUCACAACUUGGUUCAAAUAAAAUUCCUCAAAAACCAAACUAUACCGAGAAAAGUAUUCAAAAUUAUUGGUCUAAUCAUCCGCUUCCAAAAAUAUUUAAAUUCUAUUGUAAUCAACAGUGGUCUGACAUGCGAAAUUAUACACGAAAUAGCUAAGAUCCUACCUUUAUCCCGAAUCACAGAAAUAUGUCUCGAUCAUUCGUAUAUCAAGGAAGCCAAUUACGAUAUUUUAUUAGAGCAGGGCUCUAUAAAACAUCUCUCAUUGGCAAGAUGUAGAAUAAACGACGUAAUAGUAAAAAAUAUAGCUUCAAAACUAUGUUAUCAACAAAAAGCAGCAAAAACACUGAUUGCUUUAAAUUUAGCAUCGAACCGUAUUACAGAUGUAGGUGCCCAAUACUUAGCAGAUGCAUUAAGGUCUAAUAGACAACUCAGUUAUUUAAACUUAUCAGAUAAUAUGAUAAAUGAUGAAGGAGCACUAAGUAUAUUUAAUGUACUUAUGGAGUUUCCACUAACGAGUUUGGAAGACCACAGCAGAAAAACAAGACUUAUGAUCUAUUUGCACAGGAAACUAGAUUUAAUCAUCAAAAAAACGAAAGAAGUGAGAGCAUCUGAAGAUAAGAAAAACUUAAAAAGGAGAGUGACUAAACCUAUAGUGAUGGCAAAAAAGAAGAAUUCGGAAAAGGAUAAUAAUUCUGGUACUGGGACAUCCCAGCAUAUAAGGAGUAUACCGAACAUUGAACCACUGUUCAGUGAUAAAGCGGCAAAUAUUGUGGAAGAUAUGAUUGGCCCAUUUGUUGAUCCAUUCGAUGAUUCGAGUAUUUUUGUUAAGCAUCAUAAAGUUUACUGUUACGGUAAUAAUGUUCUAUGCCAUUUAAAUAUGGCGUAUAACAAUCUCUCUUAUAACAGUGUUAAAAAACUUCGUAAUGUUGUAAUGUCACAACACGUACACGGUAGAAAGCCUAAAGGUCUUAUCAAUGUGAGGCUCGAAGGAAAUUAUUUGCCGAUAUCCUGUAAAGAAUUGACAGAAAUUGAUGACAUGCUUGAAUCAGGUCUUUUACAGACUAAAAGACCUUCUGAAAGCAAGAAGAGAGUGUCCAAGGUAGGCAGUGCUAAAAGCACGGGUAUUUUUUGA